CACUCACCACCAUGGUCUGAUUGGCUCCUUUGGUCACAUUACCCUUCUCCCUUACACCCAACAGUGCAGUGAGGCCUGUUAUACCAACUGCUCCCAAAAAGUAGGACAGGUGCCCGUCAACCAACUGUGGAUCAACCUGCAAUAGACAGAAGCAUAGGUUUGCCACGGCCAGUUGAAAGAAGUGACCGCAUCUCCUUCAGUGCAAGUGCUGCAGCGGCUGGACUCAACCACGCCAACACCUCCACCAUCCACGCACUCAGACAGCUGCCAUGGAGUCAAGUAAUCAGCACCGGUGUCGUCAUUCAUUCUGCAUCGCUGUGAAGCCAAGACAAAGAUAAAUGGGAUUGAUGGAGAUGGGGAAGCUCUUCCUGCAGUUCCAUGGUUGAGUCUUUGACAUUGGCUGCCUAAACCUUUCUGUAGGACUAGUUGACUGUAUGAUAUCACUUUGGUUGUGUAACUGCAGUGAGUCCUUGUUUUUUCACUUAACUUAACAGUAAUGCAUAUUAUGAUCUGAAACAUUAUUGUUUUGUGGCUGCCAAUAUAGAAUAGGAAUAUAUAUAUGUAUGCAUGUAUUCUGAUUGUAUCAAUACCAUGUAAGGAUCGACUGAGAGGUGAAGCGUACGAACAAGGACCUCCCCAUCUUUCAACUCAGGUGUUAAAGUUAUGUCCUCAAGGCGGAAAUUUUCGGGAACUGGCGCCCCACUUCUACCUGUAUAUCAAUGAGAAACGUUGCUUUGAGUCAACGUUAGCCACGCGGUGCAGUAACGUUGAGCACAGGACGCUGUGCACUGAAAGGGCAAUCUUCUGUUGUGGAAAAAAAUAGAACACUAACUUUCCUACCUGGUCGUGAGUUGAGAACGACUCUCUGCACCUGCAUCAUUGAAAAGUAACGUUAGCCUCGAUAAGUGCUACCUGAACUGAUAAAGAUUACAAACUUCAGGCUUUUGUGUGCGCUAAGGUCACAGUGUUGAAAUGUGUUAAACGCAACACGACAAAAAUAGCUAAACACUGCAUUUGCAUUCCAGUACAGGCUCUUUCUGUUCUGUCUGAAGGCUAGCAGAAAGUCAACAGACCACAUUCAGCGCACAGCGAGAGGAUUCCCUGUUAACAACUUCCGUCUUCGUUUAAAACAUGUCAGGCAGCUGGACCGAUCUUUUUUAGCUGGGAGUUUGUUAGCUAUUAGUGUUUGAUUUCGUAUGUAUGUUUAAAACACACUUAAUGACACAAUUAGCUAAGGGCAUCCCUUGUUACCCACUGUCCAUAGGUCUUUAAAUUUUUUUAUGUUUAGCAGGCAGCCGUUUCAUUUACGCAUGUCUAGUAGGACAUUGUUGAAAUUAUUUAUUUGCUAACGUUAGCUAACAUUAGCUGACAUUUUUUGAAUUAUGUCAACGCUAAUGUGAGGUUGUUAUACGAAAGUGCGACAUUACAUGCCCAAUGUUCCGGUGUAGUAGAUGUUUACUAUUUUGCCAGUGGUAGGUGGUCUUUUCCUAGGUGCAAUUGUCGAGCCGUUAAGGCAGCUACGGCGAAUCAGAAACGGUACGCGCCCUCAACAAUCUGUUUUAUUAUUCCAGUUAAUCAACACUGCAGAUAUUUAAUAUAUACAGCUGUGAAUUUAACUACAUUUGCCAGUCGACGAUGCCAAUGCAACCGGUCCGUGUCUCAUCAAAGAUUACAAGCGCGGGUAGGUCCCAUGCUAGCUAAAAGUGUUUGAAAGUGGAACUGGGAAGUGACGCCUUGUGGAGGAAUCUGAAAAAAAUAAAAGUUUAUGGGCUUUAGUAAGUCGCUGCCGUUACACUAGCAUAUCGUCAACUUUAGCUGCAGCAGGGUACCAUCAAAACGGGGAAAUGAUGACUCAUGUGCCAUGGAGGGACAGAGUUUAAUGGUGUUCCCAUGAAUGAGAAAAACAAAGACUUCUUCAGAUCUGCUCACCCCAGCCCGGCAACCUCUAAGUUGGUCACAAAGAACUUCAGAGAAGAGAAGAUUAUCUUGCUACUGCGCACAUUGAUGUCUAUGUAGUUUUACAGCUUAAUUUUACUGCAGGUACCCUUUAAUUUUUGGAUUGCUAUAUUCAAGUGGAACCCAGUGGUGCAUUAAUAGCUGGUUUCGUUGAAAAUAUUCUUCUGGCUCGGCUUAUUCAUGCCCGUCAUGAGUGUACCAGCUCAACAGAAACCCAGCACCAAAAGAACAGGCAAACGCAUCACAUUUUUCAGCGAACAAGGCGUAGCAAUGAAGGAGACUCCUCAGCACCCUGAGGGGUCCUACUAUGUCCCAGGCGGCACUGCCACAGAUCCCGGCCAGAGUGAGGCUGCAAGUACUGUGACCUCCAAUCCACAGGGCACUCACAUGUAUCUCAACUCUGUCAUCUUCAGCCCAGACAAGGGUGACCAGAGCAGGGGUCAUUAUCAGCAGACUGUGCCUAUGAAGUGGGCCCACCAGGAGCCCAGUCAGCAGCAGCCAUCUCUGUCCCAGCAGCAGAGAGCUGCCUCCUGGAAUACCAUGACGAACUGGGGACAAAACAUUAAUUACAUUGGAGGAGUUAACGUAACAGACUCAAGGACCCAGAAUGCAUUUGUGAAGUCGAUUCAUGAGACUUCUGGCUUGCAGCCACAUCAACAACCCCCUAACAGAGCUGCAGACAAGCAGCCUCUAGGGCCUAACUCUGCAGUUGAAGCAUACAGGGAUGCAGUUCAUGCUCGGGGAAUGGAUUGGGAGCAGCAGCAGCCGUCACAGGCCUUUCAGGAGACCCUAAAACCCGGGGCGCUGAACACCCAGCAGCACAGCACAUCACUCCCAGGAGGAAGCUCAGUCUUGCAGCCCUUCCAGCUGGCCUUUGGUCAGCCCAAGCAGCACCUGCCAGCCUACUACCAAACCUUUCAAGGCAACAGGACAACCCUACCGAACCCACCUAUGUACUCAACUCAAGCCCCAAAACCCCCACAACAGUACACAAUACAACGUCAGCAACAUAUACUCCAGCAGCAAAUUCAGCAGCAGCACCAUCAACAAAUGCAGCAACAACAAAUCAUUCAGCAUCAACAUGUACAGCUACAGCAGCAGCAACAAAUACAGCACGAGCAGCAGCAACAAAAGCUGCAGCAGCAGCAGCAGCAGCAGCUCCAAAUUCAGCAGCAAAUGCAACAUCAGCAGUUGCAACAACAAAACCCUCAUGUGCUUGACUAUUACCCCGCUGCACAAAAUGCACACCCUCAUCCACAUCCACAGCCUGUGGUGGUACACUCCCAGGAGUCCUCUGCUACAGCUCCCCCAAAGAUCCAGGAACCAAUUAUCCAGGACAUCACCCCAGAACCCCAGCAGCCUUCAGAGCCACUGCAGCCCCCUCUCCAGUCUGAGCCCCUGUCCCAUACCCAGACACAACUCCACUCCCAAACGCAGCUUCGCAGAUCACGACGACUCUCCAAGGAAGGCGGUGCGCCGUCCGACAACCCUUUUCUCUCCGUCGCUUCAGAUCAGGCUGCUCCGGGACCACAGGGCUCCCAGAACGGGGCUCGUGAAAUCCAGGCAGCGCCGACUGGCGUCAUCCAGAGCACACGCCGGAAACGCAGGGUGUCCCAGGAGGUCAACUUGGAGACCCUUGCUCAGAAGGCCUCGGAAAUGGAGUCUCUACCAUCACAUGUUGUAAAGGAGCCCCACAGGCCGUGGAGUCCAACUGACUCGGAGGGAAUGAACACCAAGCGGCAUCGAGACGACAGCCUCCUUCCACUUGUCAUCCCUGUCUCUGUUCCAGUGCGAAGGCAGGAAGCUUCCUCUCCUGACAGAGAUGAAGGAGCCCUGGCCUCCAACUGGCCCUCCAGGCCUUCGAACCCCCAGGACCUUUGCCACGCCGACCACAAGCCCUCUGUCAUCGUCACCAGGAGACGCUCACUCAGGAACUCCUUGUCGGAGAGCUCAGAGCAGAAUGGAGGUACUGAAGGAGAAAAAGACGAUGACAGUAAAAAGUCCAAACGGCGUCCCCGGCCCGAGCCUCUUUUCAUCCCACCCCCUAAACCUGGUUUAUUCAUCGCCCCUCCUGUCUACUCCAGCAUCACGCCCUACCAGAGCCACCUACGUUCCCCCGUUCGCCUCGCUGACAACCCCCUCACGAUGCCUCCCUACACACCUCCGCCAAUCCUCAGCCCUGUUCGCGAAGGCUCUGGCCUCUACUUCUCCACUUUCCUUUCCUCUGCUGCAGCUAACACCCAGGGUCUGCCACCUCCCGCAACACCCAAGUCGGCAACACGCAGCCUGUUGCGCUCCAACAGCUGCGACAUCACACCACCAGUUCUGUCUGCUAUGAGCGAGGCCACUCCUGUCAGCAUAGAGCCACGGAUAAACAUUGGGUCACGGUACCAGGCGGAGGUGCCAGAGCUGAGGCAGCGGUCAGCUGUGGAGCUCGAUCAUCAUCGAGCGGAGAUGGUCUGGGCUCCACUUGGUGAACUGGAGGAAAAACCUGACUUUCAGGAGAAAGUGGAAGACCUCAUGCACCUGGCCUGCUCCAGUGUUUUCUGUGGAGGAGGCACAAACCAGGAGUUAGCCCACCAUUGUCUGUAUGAGUGCAAAGGGGACAUAAUGGCUGCUCUGUCCCUCCUAAUGCUGAGGAAUCCAAUUUUCCCAAAGUCUCAUCAUCUGGCGAACUACCACUACUCGGGAUCAGACAGCUGGACUGCAGUUGAGAGACGCCAGUUCAACAAAGGCAUCACUACAUACAAGAAGGAUUUCUUCAUGGUGCAGAAACAGGUGACAACUAAGUCGGUGGCGCAGUGUGUGGAGUUUUACUACACGUACAAGAAACAUGUCAAGAUCGGCCGUAACGGGACGCUGAUUUACGGCGAGGCAGAACCUCUUGAGAGCAGGACCACUGAGGAGGAGAUGGACAACAAGCAGGGCUCUCACAGGUUGGAGCCACAACGAGAGGAGGACAGCAGGAAGUGGGAGGGGUCAGCAGAUAGAAAACAGGAUGUCGGCCCCGCCAGGGUGGCACACACGCUGCAGUCCUCCGACAAACCUGGGACCGUCCUGAUCAUGAAAGGCCAGGAGGACGUGGGGAGGGACCAGCCGCCGUCCCGGGUCAUUCAACCCCCUCCUCCCCCUCCUCCCAGCUCCAAAACGCGCUACGACAGCAACGCACGCAAGACCAGCCCAUCAACAGGCAAUAAAGGCUCAGCUGGUCAGGAGGGAGAGUUCCCCUGCAAGAAAUGUGGCAGGAUUUUCUACAAGGUAAAGAGCCGCAGCGCCCACAUGAAGAGCCACGCCGAGCAGGAGAAGAAGGCCGCAGCGCUGCGCCAAAAGGAGGCAGAGGAGCGAGCGGCCGCAAAAGCAGCCGCAGAGGCCGCUGCCGUCCUCGCUGCACGGCAGCAGAACGGGACACGGCAGGUGGCCGGGGACAGCACCAACGAAGACUCGUCGGACAGGGAGGACGAGGACGACGAGGACUGGCAGUAAAAGAAAGGACGCACACACUGACUGCUCCACGCAGUGUGGCUUUACUCUCUGAGAGGGGAGGAGAGUUUUUUUAAAAAAACAAAGAAGAACCCCUCCUGUGAACUUUGUGUAUAUUUUGUAGAACAAGACUUCCGUUGCUUGGCACAUUCAGGGACAGGUUUACUCCCGUGUGUGUGUGUGUGAGUGUGUGUGUGAGUGUGUGUGUGUGUGUGUGUGUGUGUGUGUGUGAGAGACACACACACACAACGGCUGUAUGUGCUUUCCAAAACUCACCAACGCCCCUUUACUCUGCUUGAAAAGCUUUUCAAGAGUUACCUCUCUUGGUCACAGGGCUCAGUCAAAUCAAAGCCAUGCCACCUCUCUCUGCGCUGUCCUGCUCUACAUGCCAGGCCGCCGCCUUCCUCAGCACUUCGAGUCUUCGCCCUGCGUCCUUUUGAAGGGCGCGGAACUUGUCAGACCCCCCCCCCCCCCCCCCCCCCCCCCCCCCCCCCCAACUCUCGAUGAGCCGCAGCUCGCGCUUGCUUAAGCUGCAAAACCAACUGGAUGAAGAUGGAAGGAUGGAUGGCAUGUGCAAACUGUUGCCUUUGUUUUCAUCGUUCUUCUGCACUCAAGGCUGCCAAAAGCUUUCUCAGACGCAUGAUGUGCACCAAAUGGGUUGCCUCUCUCUGACAGCGUUGUUCAUUUGGGCUUUAGUUCUGUGAAUCCCCCCUCAGCCCUUGUCACUUUUUUAAAAUUCUCAGUUUGUUCCUCACUGUUGAUGCCUUGGAUGUUUUGAUGCUUUUUAUCUUGAUAUGACAAUCAAUUUUACACUGUUGUUGUUUUUUUUUUUUAUAAAUAUAUACAGGUAAAUGUUACUUUUUCUGCCUGUGUAGCUAUAUAUAGUUAUUGUUGUUUUUGUGAAUAUUCUUGUUGAUUAUUAUUCAUAUUAAUAUUAUUAUAUCCUGGUUUUGGCUGCAAUUUAAUUCAGCGCUUCUCCGUACUUGUCCAUAGCUUAUCUUUCUUUUUUUUGUUAUUUAAACAAAAAACAAAAAUAAUGCUACUUGCUGCCUGUUUAUAACUGUGAGAUUUAUUGGGAAGCCAGAAAUGAAGAAAAGGCAGAAAUGUAUGUGCAAUAGAACAAGUUGACCCCCUGUUUCUUCACUGCCCAAGCCCUCCCCUUCUUUGUGUCAUGCUCUGGAUGCCUCUCUGUCAACCCUGUAACUGAUAGGAGGUACUGACUCGGGCUGUUGAAACCGCAGGUCACUAUAGAUACACAUAACAAAGUGGGAAAGACAACAACCGGUGCAAAUGGACUCAAGACACAUUUUGGAAAGAUUGUUAUGACAUGCUUGCUGCCCUGAUAUUUUAACUAGAAUUUUACAUCCACGUUCUCUUUGUUUGUAUAUACAAACAGGCCGUGAGAGAAGCAGAAGCAUUCUGUACUGCAAACCAAACUUUACCCAGAUUUUGCAGGUUUUAACAGGAAAUUUUGAAUGCUGACGAGACAUGCAUUUGCUUUUAGAACCAGGUAUCACAUACACGAAAUGGCUGUCAGAGAUUUCAGCUGGAGUUUACAUUUUACACCUUUUCACCUGUUGUUGAUUUGUAUAUUUUCUAAUGGGCAGUAAGAGAAACAAAACAUUCUUUGCUGUAAACCAAACUUAACUCAAAUUUAGCAGGUUUUUACAGGCGAUUCUAAGUGGUGUUAUGACAUGUAUAUUUUCACACUUAAGUCCCUGUGGGCUGAUAUUUGGUUACUUUCUCUCUCUUUUUGCCAGCACGGACAAGCGUCUCAAACUGUGUUUUGAUCGUUGUACAGGGUGAAGAGCGCGCCCUGCUGAUACCUUGUCUAUGUAGGUCAGCAGUUAACUGAAGGGCAGCGUGACACAGCUUACAAAUGUAUUAAGGAAAAUGUUGAACAAUGAAAAAGGAACAACUUGAUGGGGAAAAAUGUGCAAAUGUGGUCAAAUUUAAUUGCAUAUUUGACUGUAUAGUGGUGGUUAGGAAAGAAUUCAUAACAUCCGAGGUGGACAAACUGCCUGGCUGUUAUUGAGCUGAUAUUAGCUUUUAAUAUGUUCAUCUGUCUACCCCUAACGUGUAUCUAUGGUUGACCUUUUUUCUCUGUUUACCUUAAUGCUGAUAGCAGGCACUGAAUUGGACUGUGGAAACGACACGUUGUGAUCUGUCUGUCUCUACAUAUCUCUAUUUUAAGCCCUUUCGGCUAGGAGCCAGUUUCUGUUGCCAUAGCAACAAAUGGGUUAAAGGGUUAUUUUUCUUUAAAGGACAAACCACAUAGUGGGGAGUUUGGGGGAGCAACUGGGAAAAACGGCUCCACUUACCAGUUACUUCACAAGUUAAACCUGGGUCUAUGCACAGACUGUGUGUGUGUGUGUGUGUGUGUGUUUUUGUGUGUGUGUGUGAGAGAGAGAGAGAGAGUGGUCAAAUGUUAAACUGUAAGCCAGUCAAUGAAGAAGAAAAAAAGUUUUGCAGACUGUUCACAUGUUUGGUAUGUUAAUUUAUAUUUCCUUCUGAUUUGGGCUUGUCUUGAGGUUCUCACGGCGGGAGAGUUGUUAUUUUAAAGAAGAAUUAGAGAUGAAAUCGAGGCCACGACACAAACACAAAGCUGUAAACUUUCCUCAUUGUAUCUGGUCAGUUAAGGGAAUUUUAAAGGGGACAAAAGGUUUAUUUAGCUAAAGAUUAGAAAAUAUAUAUGAAUGAAAUUCUAUGUUUGCAUACUUUCUAUGCUAUUUUCAUAUGGGGUUCACACUAAUGAUGAAAACGGAAAGGAAUCUCAAGUGCUUUUUACUACAGUGUAACUUAUUUGUUUUCGAUUUGAUUUUUACCACCUGUGUUUUUAGUAAUGAUUUAUGAAGCACUGUAUAUUAAAGUUUUAAAAUAUU